AUGUCCUACGAAAUGUCGACGCAGCAUGGAACGCGUGUAGGAGCAAGACCGUUCAACCACAAUCAGUCCCAAGCCGCCGAACAGGAGUACGACAGACUCCGAAAUCUCGCACGUCAAGAAGCCUCCAAACGCGCCAACUGCUUUCAAAGAUCGCAACAAGCAUAUCAAGACGGUGACGGCGCUGCUGCCCAUGCGCUCUCGCAAGAGGGCAAAGAGCAUGGAGCGAAGAUGGAGAUGUACAACAAGCAGGCGUCGGAGUUCAUUUUCCGAGAAAACAAUGCAGGUGGGAGGGUGCCCGCGGAUACAAUAGAUCUGCACGGGCAGUUUGUCGAGGAGGCCGAGGAUAUUCUUGAAGAACGCAUCAGAUACGCGCAAUCGCACGGCCAGACUCACCUGCAUGUUAUCGUCGGCAAAGGCAACCAUAGCGCGAAUCACGUUCAGAAGAUCAAGCCUCGCGUGGAACAAGUUUGCCAGCAACUCGGCCUGCAGUAUUCUACAGAAGAGAACGAGGGCAGAAUAUAUGUGAAGCUUGACGGCAGCCCCGUUGAGCAACAUGAUAUCAAUGGCUGGGGAGGAUACCAGCACUACCCUGGUCAUCAGCAAGGUUAUUCUGGCGGCCAACAGGAGCAGCAGUAUCACCCGCGGCCACAGCAACAUCAACAGCAACAUGGACAGUAUGACGAAGCAGAAAAAGUCACCAAGGGGUUCCUUCCGAGGCUCAUCAACAAGCUCUUACGAAUGCUUUGUGGUUCGUAG